AUGGUUGACGAAACUGCAACUAAUGGCGAACAUCAUCAUCAUCAUCAUCACCACCACCAUCAUCGCCAAGCAGCUUCAUUUUUUGCGUCUUCAACAGUUAGAUUGGUUAUCUGUUUUCUCGGCAUUUUCGUUGCCUAUCUUGGAUUUGGUAUCGCUCAGGAGUCGAUAAUCAAAAAAAAGUACGGCGAAAAUGAUAAGUUUACUUUUAUUAUUUCGCUCGUGUUCUUUCAAUGUAUUUUCAAUGCAAUCGUUUCAAAAAUCGUUCUCCUGUCAUGGCAAACUCAUAGAGAUACAACUCCAUCAAGAAUGUAUGCGAUUUCGUCAUUUACAUACCUAUUUGCCAUGCUUGCAAGUAACUACGCACUAGAAUUUGUUAGUUAUCCUAUGCAGGUACUUGGAAAAUCAGUUAAACCAGUUCCAGUCAUGUUAUUAGGUGUAUUAGUCGCAAGAAAAAGAUAUCCAUUAGUGAAAUACUUCUAUGUUUUAUUGAUUGUUCUCGGAGUGGUUUUGUUCAUGUAUAAAAAACCGACGGAGACAAGAAAAACAACGGAAACAGGUGGACUCAUCGGCAUCGGAGAAUUUCUUCUGAUUGUUUCCCUUGCAUUUGAUGGUCUUACCGGUAGUAUUCAGGAUAAGAUUCGCGAUGCACAUAGAGUUCAAGCGUUUCACAUGAUGUUUUCUAUGAAUACUUGGUCAUGUUUAUGGGCAUCGAUUGGUGUGUUUGCAACUGGUGAAAUCUUUGGUUUGUACAACUUUUUAACCGUCUAUCCAGAAGUGAUGACAAGAAUGGUUUUACUUGGUAUAGCUGGUGCCUGUGGUCAAAUUGGCAUCUUUUUCACCAUCGAAUGGUUUGGUCCAUUAACAUGUUCGAUUUUCACCACGACACGAAAAUUUUUCACUAUUCUCUGUUCUGUGAUUAUCUUUGGAAAUCCAAUAUCGAAGCAACAGAUGUUUGGCACGGCGUUGGUGUUCGCUGGGCUCUUCAUGGAACAAUUCUAUGGAAAGAAAAAACAUAAAUAG